CAGUGACGUCAUUCUACGCGACUACCACAGGUGAAGGUGCUGCCCACCCAUGAUGCCAGCAAGGUGCGUGCAAGUGGAUCCGGCCUUAAAACCACUGGAGUGCCCACCUCUCUGCCAGUGAAGUUGAACAUUGAUGCCAAAGAUGCAGGUGAGGGACUGCUGGCAGUGCAGAUCACUGACCCAGACGGGAAGCCCAAGAAGCAAAUAUCUGUGACAACCAUGAUGGGACCUACCUGGUGUCUUAUGUGCCAGACAUGACUGACAGAUACGCCACACUCAUUAAGUACGGAGGAGACGAGAUCCCUUAUUCACCCUACUGAAUCAGGGCUCUGCCCACCCGAGAUGCCAGCAAGUGCACUGUCACUGAAUGUUGUCCAGUGGCCAGUGGGAGAACUUUCUUUCAUCAUCAACAUCUGCAUCCACGAUCCACCAGCUCAACAGCAACAUCUGUCAGCUGUGCAUCCAACUCGAGGCCUUCGCCUGCUGUGCUCAGGCUCUGGGCCGCGAUUUCCGUCCCUUGUUGACGACCUCGCUGUAUCCUGUGCUGGAGAAAGCUGGUGAGGAGACGCUGCUGGUCAGCCAGGCGGCGCUGAGCUCCAUAUGGAACAUCAAUAAGGUCUGUGGAUACGCUUCCCUGAAGGAACUGAUCAAUGAGAACUCUGACUACCUGCUUAAUGACAUAUCACUCAACCUUCAGAGACUCAGCCAGCAUCCACAGGCUCCACCGGUGUUGACAGUUCUGUUGACUCACUCUGACUGCAGCCUGCUGGUCGGGGACAUCGUUCAGGAUCUGGAUCUCAGCUACGAGCGCACAGCUGCUCUUUUCUGCUCCGCGCUGCACGCGCUCAUGAAGGCACUGGCGAGGUGGUUUCCUUCCACUUGUAGCAGGACCAGUACGUCUGCCAGCUCCAGGAAAAGCUCCAGUGACCAGGAAGACCUCAGCAUUCGCCAAUUCCUGCUGAAUUACCGCAAACAGAAAGAAGUGGCAGAGGGCAUUGGAAUAGAGGACGAUGACACCGAAGACAGAGGAGUUGGAAAUGCUGAAGGAAGUGUCAGAAGCUUGUGAGUCCCUGAGCGAGGAGAAAAGCGGUUUCAAACACAGCCUCACUACUGGAGCCGAGGAGAGAAGCACACAUUACCUGAUCAACUGAAGAAGGUUAUGAGGUGAAUUGGAGACUUUCUCUCUCAGCUUGAUUCAUGAUGUCGUUUAGAGUGAUAAGACUCAUCAAAAUCACAGAGGAGGGUCUGAGCUAUGGUGGUGUUGAGACACAGACAACACAGCUUGGAAGUGUUUCACAGAAGUGUAAGGGACAGACAGAGGUGUGUGGUCACUGCAGUCACCAUGACACAGACUCCCUGAUUUAAUCCGAGCAUGACUGACAUGUUGGGCAAGUUUGUCUAAUUCUUUUUUAUGUAAAACAGAAAAGUGUCACUGUUAAAUUGGUGAGUCGAGAUUUUUUUACGUAAUUUUUUUUUGAGAAAUCAUGGGUGACAUUAAACAGGCAGUUGCAGAGCUUCUAUGUUUAACACUCACUUUGUUCCUUUAUAGAAGGAAAUUAUUUCAGCAGCAGAGCAAAGUGUUUUUUGGACAAUAAAUGUAAAGUAUAACAGAGAAUUUGAUACUUUGAUUUGAUACUUUAACCUCACUACAUUUAUUUCAUAGCUCAGAGUUCUAGUUAUUCAAAGAUGAGAAUUUAGAUGUGAAAUUGAACCUUUAAGUGACUAGUGCUUUGAGAACUGCCAUCAGUUACACAAUGAAGUUCAUUUACGUACAGGUUAUUGUAUUAGUAAUGCUAUAUUGUACAUAGAGACAGAAUAUGACAUGAAGGGCUACUGACCACAGAAAAGUAAAAGGUAACUGGGCCGAUAGACUAACGGGAGAGAAACAAGCUUUCUGUGAUUCUAUUUGUUUUUUUGUGGUAAUCUUGGAUAUCUUAGGUUGUCUCAUUACUGUCAUAUAUGUCCUAUCAUUAAAACACUGGCUUCUAACAACUAACAGUGUCUCGAAAAUAAUUUAAUAAAUAAACAAAUAAUAUGGAUGCAUGACUCAAAUGCAUGACUUUUAACUUGUGUAUUUUUUAGGCUGAACACUGCUGCUAAUGCGACUUAGGUAAAUGGUUUCAGGCUCUCCCCUCCUGAGUUUGAGAAACGUUCAGGAUCAGAAAAUGUGUGACUCACAGGUGCUGUAGCGUAUGGCCACAGCUUCACUCUGAGCUCCAUCUCCAUAGAGUGCAGACAGUGAUAUCUGAUACUCCUUAAGACACAGGACAACAGUUUAUUGACAUAUUGUAUUUUUACUUCAUAAUAUGUACUCCAACAAUCCAAUAGUUCUUCCCCACCUGUCUCAGGUUGCCUCCACUUAGUGAGGUAAGAAACAUCAUCAUCAGCUGCAGCUUCCCAGUCACUGUCUGAGAAAUUAGUUACCCUAAGGUCAGAAGGAGGAGGCACCUUCACUAGAAGAAAAGAAUAAAAAUGAGAAAGCUACAUUUUGACAUCUUUCAUUAUUAAUAACAUUUACAGUACUGUGCAAAAGUCGUGAGCCACACGCUGAAGUAUUUCUUUGGACAUUAUCUGGUUUUUCCACUCCUUUUUAGUCCAGUUCUUGUACCUGGCCAUUUUCUGAGUAAUGUUUUUUGUUUGUUUGUGCAAACACUUUGCACUGACCAUUAUUGGAGAAUUAAAAAGCACCUAAGUCAAGGAAUGUGUGUGCACAUAACAGAAAACUUGGGAAAGAACCAAUUUUAAAUCUUUAAGCACUUUGUUACUA